GGCAGCGGAGUACUACACCACGAAGGCAGCGGAGUACUACACCACGAAGGCAGCGGAGUAUUACACAACUACGUAUGCAGCGCCAGCUUACUACAGCGUCGUAUAAAAGGAGAGAGAAGAGUCAAAUGAAAUCAGUCGAUGUAGCAUCUCCGACACGGUAACAUCUGUUGUGAAUUAUUUGUCACAACCUGCAUUUUUCGUCUGUUAUGGGUUAUGGUCGUAUUAAAGGAGACAACAGGUGAUCAUCUCCGACAUGGCAAUAACUGCGGUGCACUAUUCGUUACCAACUGCAUUCUUCGUCGUACCACCAGUUUGCUUUCAUGGUUAUAAUCGAAAAAAUUCGUUGUUCACGCUUGUAGUUCACAAGAAACGUUUCGUAAAACUGGCAUGCGGUGGUGUAGAGGUUAGGUGAGAACCGGACGUUUUGCAUCAUUAUCAAAAAGUAAAAUAUCGUGCUGCUGCUGCUAUCGUCGUCGUGCUGAUGUUGGGUGUCGUAUUGGCUCGGUCAACCACUGGUGUACUGAUGUCUUUUGGGUAUGGUGGUUAUGAAACCGCAACGCCGCACGUUACUACACCGAGACCCCCAAGUACUUCACCACCAAGUCUCCAGAUUAUUACACCACAACUUCGCUGCCCGAGCUACUACACCAAAUCCCCGAAGUACUAUUCUUCCCCGAGGUACGCCAUUAAAGGGUCGAGUACUACACCGAGGCCCCUAUUUACUACACCACUACAUAUCAUGUCGGAGGAAGACGAUGGAGAGAAGGUAUUGUCUAGUCGAGGUAGAAGGAGAGAAGGCGAUAGAUAUCAGUCGAAUGGUUAUCACCGGCAUGGCAACAACUAUAGUGCAGUAGUCGUCAUUAACUGCGUUCUUCGUCGUACCACCAGUUUUGCAAUCAUUGAUGGCUGGAUUGACAGCUGGUGUGCCGAUGUCUCCUGGGUAUGGCGGGUAUCAAACCACGACGCCGCCGUCUUACUAUGGAACAUCAACAUACGACACGACCAGUUAUUACACCGAGGCCCCCAAGUACUACACCACCGAGGAACCAUAGUGUUACACAACUACAAAUGCCGCGCCAGCUUAUUACACCGAGAUCCCAAGUACUACUCUGCUCCCAGCUACUACACCGAGGUUCCAGCUUAUUACACCACUAAAACAGUCGAAUACUACAUUAAAGUAAUCAUUGUUAUCUAUGGCGUGCUGCUGUUGGGUGUUUAAUCGUUGAUGGCUGGAUUGACAGCUGGUGUGCCGAUGUCUCCUGGGUAUGGCGGGUAUCAAACCACAACGCCGGCGUCUGACUGCACGCCAACAUACGGAACGACCAGUUACUACACUGAGGCCUCCAUGUACUACACCACCAAUGUUCCAGAUUGUUAUACAAAAACAUAAGCUUUCUCGAGUUACUACGCAGAAGCCCCGAAGUAUUAUUCUACCCCGAGCUCUAUCACCAAGUCACCGGAGUAUUACACAACUACGUAUGCAGCGCCAGCUUACUACACCGAGGCUACCAAAUACUACUCUGCUCUUAACUACUGCACCGAGGCUCUAGCUUAUCACACCACCAACGGUCGAAAUCUACACAGAAGUGCCAAAGUACUACUCUGUCCCGAGCUACACAUUUCUAACUGAGGCGGCCAAGUAUUACGUUUCCUUAAUUAACCAACCGCUGCCCCUUCGUAUUAUGCUGAACCGAAAUACUACACUGAAGCCCCAGUUUACUACACCACAACCUACGCUACACUCUGCUACUACACCGAAGCUCUGAAGUAGUACACUACGAAGGGACCUGAGUUCUAAGCCACUAAAUACGAUGCUCCGACCUGCUACACCGAAGCUCUUAAGUAUUACUCUGUUCCAAGUUAUUACACCACUAUGUGAUCUGAAUGUUACACCACGACCUACGCUUCUCCAGAUAACUCCAAAGAGGCUUCUAAAUACUAGAUCUGAAAUUGUUUUUCAUGUGUUUUCACUGAGAAUUCCUGUUGGUGUUGAAUGAGAAAAUAAAUUUUUAUGCGGGUAAA